AUGAAAUCAACUUCUUAGCUUUCAGGUAUAUUAAUAUCUUCAGGACCCCCUCCUCUUUUUCUCCUCCAAAUGAAAUUUAAUUAAAAAAGAAAAGAAAGUCUGUCUUAAAGAAAACAAUAGAAAGAAAGAAAGAAAAAUUAAUAAUCUUUGCAAAUUAAAAUUAAAACUGAAUGGGGGACUAAUAAGUGUUUAAUUAAGGGCUUGAAUAAGUAAAAUUUGCUUAUAUAAACCCCCCUAAUUUAAAUGGUUUCCUUUGAUUUUUAAAGCAUCUGCCUGAAAUCAUAACCCCCACAAAUAAAGCAAUUCUCCUUAUAAAGCUAAAAUAAGAAUUUCAACAUAAUUUCAGUUUAAUAGUCUCAUAUCAGAAAGCUAUGA